AUGGUUCAUUUUCAUCAUCAAGCAGUUGUUGAUUCAACUUGUUCUUCCUUGACCAUUAGCAAAGAGUCCUAUGACCUCUACUGUUGCUUACUCAAUAGUGCUGCUUCGAGCCAUGAAUUAGAGAGUAUUUUUACACCCUUUCCUAUGGCUUUUAUAAAGAAUUCAAGAAAAGAUUAUGAUCGCAUGAGGGAUGUAUUAUCUGUCAUGCCAUCAUCGGAUGAUGUAUUUGUAGAGCCCUUUUGUACAGAUGGAAAUUGCAUGACAUUUAACUUGGGUAAUGACGAGGAAUUGUCCCAAUUAAUUUUCGAAAUGACAACAUACAUUUUCCAUAAUCCGAAAAGCGAAUUGGAAAAGACAGUAAAAUUAGGAGAAAUUAGAGAUUUAUUUGAAUUUAUUUUGAAAAAGCAAUGUAAUCAGAAAUUUUCUGUACAUUACAUAUCCUAUCAUCAAUACAUGAAAAGUAACAAAGGUGUAGUACUCUUGAAACCAGAUCACAUUUUUGAAUUACGAUAUAGAAAUAUGGAUUUUAGUAAUGAUUUUUACACUGGAUUUCAUGCAAGCUCAAUAGAGAAUUUUUGUUCAAUAAUAACUAACUCUCUUCAAGACAUACAUAUAACUAACUCUCAAAUGUCUGGAACACGCGAAAUGAAAACAGGAAAUGCUUUUGGUAUUCACAUGUGUGAGGACGUGAGGGUGGCACGUGACUGCUCAAAGGGAGGAGUUAUUCAUUGGAAGAAUUCAAAGCUUGGUAGUCAUCUAUCUGCCGUUGCACAAUGCCAAGUUGUCGGAAAGCAAGAACAUGCAAUGAAAACAACAUCUAACGAUGAAAAUCGAUAUUUAAUUGUUCAGAACAGUGAUUUAAGGAUUCAAUAUAUUCUCGUAUUUUCACAUUUCAAAGAACAAAAGGAACUGAACAGGUUUCAUCACUUUUCACGAGGAAUGAUUUAUAUUGUCCUGUUGAUCGUUGUCGUGAUUGGAAGUUAUUGGAAAAUAUAUUAA